AUGGAAGAGCACGGCAGGCAUUUUUAUUAUCGCUAUUACACACAAUGCUUUGUCUUCAUAAAGAAGAUCUCUUACUAUAGAUAUGACCAAAAAUUGCCUGAAGCUGAGAGAUAUGCACUGAGAUUUAUGGACGAAUAUAUGAGGGACAAAUCAUAUUUAGGAGGGGUUAUUGGUGGAAUUUGUGGAUCAGCUAUCUUGGCAGCUGUAUUUUCAUUUGGUUUGAAGCCUGAUACGAGCAUGAGGGUAUUUAUUCUCAAGAGUUUAAUCUGUGUUUACGGCUUUUAUAAUUUCAAAACCUUUACGAAUUGGGGAAGUCAUUUUUCAAUGAUGAUGUCUAUGCCCAGGGUCUUCGAAAUUCUAGACACUUUUCCAGUCGAAAACAGCUUUAUAAGAACUGAAACAAAAAAAUUCUUUGAAGAACUGAAAAAAGAAGAAAACAAAAUCCAAGAAAAUAAAGAAGUUUCUAAUAAUAAAUAA